AUGAACGUGAUUAAUUUACGGAAAAUCAACCAGAUUCAAAUAUCAAUAAAACAAACAUCAUUACAAUUAUCUUCAGGUCGUGGUCGUAUUUUUCGGGGUGGUCAUCAAAACUAUUCUUAUUUUAAUGGCGGCCGUUGGUGUUCUUAUGGGAAUAAGAAUAAUUGCAAUCAUCGUCUUUCUUAUUCUCCUCAUCGUUAUGAUAAUCAUCGACGAAGUUAUAAUAAACGUAAUUAUCGACCAUCACCACGGCGUCAUUCAAAUAAUUAUCGUGCCAAUAAUUAUGGUCGUCAUAAUUAUGAGUCUGAUGAUAGUGACGAUAGUUUUAUGGACGAACCACGACGACAAUUCCAUACAUUAUGUCCACGAUCAAAUGAAAGCCGAUCACGUACUCGUUCUAUUCAUUCUGAAUCAAAUAAUGUUUCCAGUUAUAUUACACAACAACGACAGCAAUUAUCAUGGAAUACAAAUCAUCGAAAUAAAAAUAAGACCAAGAAUAACAAUAAUACGAAACCAAUUCAUCCUUAUCUUCAACGAAGUCAAAUAUUAAAAUGGUUUAAAUUUAAUGCAACACAGCCAAUUGAUAUUAAUUAUGAUCCUAGUGGUGCUGCUUUUGUUUUGAAAGCAACGUUACUUCAUGAUGCUUUGGCUCGAAAUAAUUAUGAAUAUGAUCUUUGGAAAGCAUAUUUAAAAAUGGGCAAAGAAAAUAGAUAUUGGUCAGAAGAAGUUCUUCAAAAUACAAAAACACAUGAUUAUCAUACAAAUAUUAGAUUUAUACAAUCGAAACUAAAUCAAUUAGCUUAUAACAUUAUUGAACUCGACGAUGACAUCGAGGAUGCCACAGAUAAAUUAAGAAAUAAUUGGGCACAAGAUUCUUUUCAUCAAUUAUGUGAAACAAUACGUGAACACUUUAGAAUAGAUAUACCAGGAGUAACAAAAGAAGAAAAGAAUCCUAUUGAUCGAUUAGAAGAUGAUGUAAUGAAAUAUAUCAAACAUUGUACUCAAUAUACAAGAGACAUCGUUGAAUCAAAAAUCCAAUUAUCAAAAGCUGAAAUGGAACGUUUCAAAAUUUUAUAA